ACUCCACCUACCCCUACAAAUAUACAAUCGCAUCACCGCCAGUCUCGCUCUCCCCCAUAGAGUAUCCUGAGGACAGUCUUGACGCAUUGAACUUUCCUACGCUUACUCGACUCAUUGAAAACCAUGGCGUCCCACGAGGAGGAGAUUCUGCCCGAGCAGACCCAGGGCUACAAGCUCUCGCAGCCCAAGCAGAGCUUGGCCGAAUACGAAAACAUGGAUGCCAACGACGAGUCCCUUCAGCGGUACAAGCAGUCACUCGGCCUUGGCGGUGGCAAGGAUCUCUCCGACCCUAACGACAAGCGUGUAUGCAUCAUCAAGUCUUUGACCAUGGACUCGCCUGGCAGAAGCCCGGUCACCAUCGAUCUGUCCCAGCCCGGCAGCGAGAACACGCUCAAGGACAAGCCCUUCACCAUCAAGGAAGGCUCGAAGUUCACCAUGUCCGUCACCUUCAAGGUUCAGCACGAGGUCCUCAGCGGUCUCCAGUACGUCCAGGUCGUCAAGCGCAAGGGUAUCAGGGUCAGCAAGGACUCUGAGAUGCUGGGAAGCUAUGCGCCAAACACAGAGAAGCAGCCUCUCUACACGAAGAAAUUCAACGAAGAGGAGGCCCCUUCCGGCAUGCUCGCACGCGGCCACUAUAACGCCGUGUCCAGCUUCGUGGACGAUGACAAGAUCUCUCACCUCAGCUUUGAGUGGAGCUUUGAUAUCGCCAAGGACUGGUAGACGGUCACGUUGAACGUCGAGCCGUUGGCGCUGCGGAAACAUGAUAUUUCUUCAAGUUUCGGAGCGUCAUAGGCGCCUUCUUCGCAACUAUGCAAGCACGAAAUAACCAGACACCUUCACAAAAUUUCACGCCCUCACGAAUACCAGUCCAUCUCACAAGCCUAGCGCACAAAUAGAUAAAACUUCAGAACAAGUUCAACAUGCGGGGGUCCGCACACGCCAGCCUGUAAAUGGAAGCUGUGAAUUGGCCCAGUAGUUGUGACAUCUUGAAAGUGCCGCGUGAAGACGU